CCUUCAAAGGCCUGCAUAGAUCACACAAGGCUGGGUGCUGGCAAGGCAAGUGAAGCAGCCAACAUGGGGAAGAUUAUCUUCUAUGAGGAUAAAGAUUUUUCCGGGAGCCAUUUUGAGUGCUCCAAAGACUGCCCAGACCUGUUGAGCAAUCUGAGCCGGUGCAACUCCAUCAGGGUGGAGAGCAGCUGCUUCAUGAUUUACGAAAAACCUAACUACACUGGGAACCAGUACUACCUGAGGAGAGGAGAGUAUCCCAACUUUCACCACUGGUCAGGUAUCAACGACUCGGUUGGCUCCUGUCGCCACAUCCACACGGAGUCUGGGUCAUUCAAUAUGCGCUUGUUUGAGCGGAUCGAGUUUGGCGGCCAGAUGAUAGACCUGAUAGAUGACUGUCCCAGUGUGAUGGACCGGUUCAACAUUCACAAUAUCUUCUCUUGCAAUGUCAUGAAUGGGAACUGGCUCUUCUACGAGCACCCACACUACCAUGGCAAGAUGUACCUGAUCCGACCCGGAGAGUAUAAACGGUUCAGUGAAUGGGGCGGCAGGAGCGCCAGGGUUGGCUCCAUCAGACGUAUUAUGGAGUAUUGACCUACUGUAGAGGAGUGUAGUGAGCUUAAAAUACUGAGAACACAGAUUUUUGUAAUAUUUACAUUGACUUUAACAUUCAUUUCCUGAAAAACCUAAAAAAUAUAAUGCAGAACACUCUCUGUUUGAAUUGACUUAUAAAAAGUUUGGUGCAAAACAUUUAAACAAAAACAACAAAUAAACAACAACAACAGA